AUGCUCGAACAGAACGCCAAAGAAGAAGGCGACAUUGCCUUCAUGCUCAUCUCAACGGCGUUGGUGCUCAUGAUGACAAUCCCGGGUCUCGCGCUCUUCUAUGGUGGACUUGCACGAGCUCCUAACGUGCUCUCCACGGUCAUGCAGAGCUUCGCCAUCACAUGUCUCGUGAGCGUGCUUUGGAUUAUCGCCGGAUACUCCCUCUGCUUCGAUGCUGGAAACCCUUUCAUCGGCGGUGCCAACAAGUUCUGGUUGACAGGGGUGUAUGGCAGCAUGUCUGGCAGCAUACCGGAGGUUCUCUUCGUCAUGUACCAAGCGACCUUCGCCAUCAUCACCUGCGCCAUCAUCACCGGCUCCUUCGCCGAGCGAAUGCGCUUUGCUCCAACGCUCAUCUUCGUCGGCAUCUGGCAUCUCAUCGUCUACUGUCCCAUCGCUCACUGGGAGUGGGGCGGCGGCUUUAUGUCGCAGUGGCACGUCCUCGACUUCGCAGGAGGAGACGUGGUGCAUAUCAGCUCAGGAGCUUCUGGGCUGGCGGCGUCGAUCAUAGUGGGGAAGAGGAAGGGCUUUGGUCAGGGCCAAGAGCUACCUCCUCACAAUAUCCUCCUGGUCUUCCUCGGCGCUUCGCUUCUGUGGGUCGGAUGGUUCGGGUUCAAUGCUGGCUCAGCUAUAGCGGCGAACGAGCAGGCGAGCAUAGCGAUGCUGGUGACGCACGUCUCGGCAGCGGCUGGAGGCUUCUCCUGGAUGCUCACAGAGUGGAUCUUUCGCAAGAAACCUUCAGUGCUCGGUGCUGUCAGCGGAGCCAUCGCAGGGCUGGUCGUCAUCACUCCAGGAUCAGGAUACGUGAACCACACAGGCGCCUUCGUCAUGGGUCUCAUAGCCGGACCCUUCUGCUACUUCAGCAUCCAACUCAAACAUAUCCUGGGCUUCGACGACGCCUUGGAUGCUUUCGGCGUGCACGGAGUCGGCGGCAUGCUUGGCGGCAUUCUCACCGGAUGCUUUGCGGACGCGGCGAUAGGAGGCCAGAACGGAGCUUUCUACGGCAACCCGAAGCAGCUGGGCAUUCAGCUGGCGGGUAUCGCAGUGACGCUGGUCUACUCGAUCAUCAUGACCUUCAUCAUCCUCAAGCCCCUCGACCUGAUCUGGAGGGCAGCUACGGGCAAUGGCAUCCGAGUCACAGAAGAGGAGGAGGACAGAGGGCUGGACCUUUCCGAGCACGGAGAGAGCAUGUUGUUCGAUUCCGCACAUGCCAAGCUGGAGCCUGAUCAAACCCUCAACGUUGGUCCCUUCGAAAGUCGAGUGUAUCCUAUCACAGUAAACGCGGAGUGA